AUAGUCGCAGCCAUGUGUCAAGACCCCUCAAGUGCAUUUAGGAAAGCGAGAUACUGAAUUUGUUAAAAAUGGGUAAGCGACGAAGAAAUAAAGGAAAUAAAGGUGUCAAACAAAGACCUGACCCAUGCUGGAAAGACAUUGUGAAGUCCAACGAAUUGUUGGAAAAAUUCUAUAAGAGUCAAGGAAUUGUUGCUUCAGAUGAGUGGGAUUUGUUUUUAAAAUACUGCAGAAGAAACUUGCCAUCUACAUUUAGAAUCACGAAAAUGAGAGGACAUGCCAAGGACUUGCUUAAAAGCCUAAAAGAUGGGUAUAUUUCAAAGUUGUCUGCAGAAGAUUUGAAAAAUAAUACAGAGUCAAACUCAAAUGAAGAUGAUGAGGAAAGUGAAGAGAAUUUAGUUCUUGAGCCUAUUAACUGGUACCCUGAUGAAUUAGCAUGGAAUAGCAAUCUGUCACGACGUUUUAUCCGAAGAUCAGAAGUUCUUCAAAAACUUCACAGAUUUUUAGUUGAAGAUAGUGAAUGUGGUGCCAUUACCAGGCAAGAGGCAGUCAGCAUGAUCCCACCAAUGUUGUUAGAUGUCCAACCACAUCACUUAGUACUAGAUAUGUGUGCAGCUCCUGGAUCAAAAACUGCACAGAUCAUUGAAAUGAUGCAUUCUAAUGAUGCACAAGAAAUGCCAACAGGUGCUGUUUUAGCUAACGAUGCAGACCACAAACGAUGCUACAUGUUGACACAUCAAGCUAAGCGAUUAAACACACCAUGUGUUGUUAUUACCAAUCAUGAUGCAUCAAUUUAUCCAAAGCUAUAUGCCAAAGAGAAGGAUGGUGUGACUAACAAACUGCUUGCUUUUGACAGAGUAUUAUGUGAUGUUCCUUGCAGUGGUGAUGGAACUUUGAGAAAAAAUCCUCUUAUCUGGCAUAGAUGGACACCACAUCAAGCUGUGUCGUUGCAUAGACUUCAAAUGAGAAUAUUAUUAAGAGGUUUAGAGUUGCUAAAGGUUGGAGGGAGACUUGUUUAUUCCACAUGUUCAUUUAAUCCUAUUGAAAAUGAGGCUGUUCUUGCUGGUGUCUUAAGUAGGUCCGAGGAAGCUGUGGAAUUAGUUGAUUGCUCACAAGAAAUUCCCAAUUUAAAACGUAGACCAGGGAUGAAACAUUGGAAAGUGUUCGAUAGAAAAGGCAAUGAAUUCGAAAAUUUUGCUGCUGUGAAAUGUUCACCAACUGAAGGUUUUAAGGAAUCCAUGUUUCCUCCAUCACCAGAAAUGUCAGAUAAAUUAAAGCUGGAACGUUGUUUAAGGAUUUACCCCCAUUUGCAAAAUACUGGUGGGUUUUUUGUUGCAGUCCUGGAAAAGAAAGCAGAACUUCCAUGGCAAAAAGCUAAAAGAACACGAAAUACCAAGUAUUUACCAUGGGAGACAGAUAAAGUCAAAGACAUUGCUGAUAAAACAGCUGAAAAAGCAACUAAAGAAUCCGAACUUCCUGUGCUGGAUGAAGAGAUAACUGAAACUAAAAAUCAGGAAUUUGAAAAAUCGACUGAAGAUGACGCCAUUGAAGUCUCUGGCACUGAACAAGACAGUUCUGCUUCACCUGCUAAAAAAUUUAAAAGAGGAAUGAUAAAGGAAGACCCUUACUUCUUCCUAGAUGAUAGUGACCAAGAUAUGGCAGAGGUAAGAAAGUUCUAUGACUUAUCAAACAGCCUGCCUUCUGAUCAGUUCUUAGUACGAAGUACAGGGUAUAAGAAAAGACACGUUUACUUGGUUUCACGAACAGUGCAUGAUGUUAUUAAAGAAAAUCAGAACUUAAAAGUUAUAAACACGGGUGUACGUAUUGUCACUCGAUCUCCAUUCAAAGCUGGUGUGGCAAGCCAUGGUACUGAAUAUCGAUUAGUUCAAGAUGGGCUCCAUCUUAUCCAGCGGUAUAUUGGAAAACGAAUUAUUCAAGUGACCGGUGAUGACCUUAUAACUCUGUUAGUAGGUGGGAAUGAUGCUGAAUUGGAUACACUAUCUAAUGAAACCAAAAAGCAACUUUCAGAAGUUAGUAUGGGUUGUGUUCUAUGGCGUUAUAAAUCUUCUGAUAAUUCAAGCCUCCCUUUGACCACAGAUAUUUGGAUUUGUGGUCACUCAGGCCGAAAAGUUAUCCAAAGCAUGUUGUCAAAAGAGGAGAGAAAACACUUUCUUCGGCUUCUUGGUGUGCCAAUACCUAGUAAAUUACAAGAACAAGUUAAAGGGCCAAGUUGGGGAGAUGAACCGAAAGAAGAGGCUGGAGAUGAUACCAUAAGUAAUGACAAAAAAAUUGCAGAGUGUGAUAGCAAAGAAGAGGGAUAUAAAGCUGUCAUACAAGUACUCUUUCGUAUGUCUUUUAAUUUCAUGGAGUUUUUGAUUUAUGAAAUAAUAAAUUGUUUGAACACAGGAGUAAAGGGUCUUGAAAGAAAUUUUUUGAAUCAGCAAAUGUUAAUAUUACCUAUAGGCAGUAAAAAACAUGAGAGCCAAUUGAUCAAGCUGUUUGAAGGAAAGAAUAUUAAAUGUUUGAAAUUUAAAGGGUUUUCACUUGAAACAGUAUUUUUCGCUGAGAAAGACAUUUUGUUUAAGAAAAAAGCAGCAAUAAAUUUUAAGUUCUAUAAGAUGUUGGUUUUAUUUGAAACUCCUGCUGGUUAUGCAGUUUUCAAGUUGUUGGACGAGAAGAAACUUUCUUCAGUUGAUAAUUUAUACAAGGAUUUUGAAACAGGAGAAAAGGCGAAUGAAGUUGUUAAAUUGAAGCAUUUUAAGAAAUUUGAAGAUACCACUGAUGCAUUAGCUGCUGCUACCGCUGCUAUUGAAGGCAAAAUGUCAAAAUCACUGAAGAAGUUGUUGAAGAAAGUUGCAGGGAAAGAUAUUACUGAAGAAAUGGCUGUUGCUGAUGCAAAGAUUGGAAAUAUUAUCAAGGACAAAUUUGACAUCAACUGUGUUUGCUCACCAGCUAUUAAUGAACUCAUGCGAGGAAUUCGGGCACAAAUGAACUCUCUUAUUACUGGUUUAACUGAAAAAGAAACUGCUGCCAUGGCACUUGGACUGGCUCAUAGUUUAUCUCGUUAUAAGCUCAAAUUUAGUCCUGAUAAAGUUGAUACCAUGAUAGUACAAGCUAUAUCUCUGCUGGAUGAUUUAGACAAGGAGUUAAACAAUUACGCUAUGAGAUGUAGGGAAUGGUAUGGAUGGCAUUUUCCUGAACUUGGAAAAAUUGUCACUGACAACAUGGCAUAUGCUAAAACAGUGCAAGCUAUAGGUUUUAAGUCUACCACUGCCGAUGUAGAUUUAUCUGGCAUUUUACCUGAAGAAGUUGAAGAAGAAGUAAAGGCUGCUGCUGAAAUCUCCAUGGGAACUGACAUCUCUGAAGAAGACAUUGAAAACGUUAAGUAUCUGUGUGAGCAAAUCGUACAGAUUGCUGAGUACAGAAUGUCACUCUACGACUACUUAAAGAAUCGUAUGCAGGCAAUUGCACCGAAUUUGACAGUUUUAGUGGGAGAACUUGUGGGAGCAAGGCUUAUUGCCCAUGCAGGCUCCUUGUUAAAUCUGGCCAAGCACCCAGCUUCCACUGUUCAGAUACUUGGUGCUGAGAAAGCAUUGUUUCGAGCGCUAAAAACAAAACAUGAUACACCCAAAUAUGGUCUCAUUUAUCAUGCAUCGCUUGUUGGUCAAUCGAGCUCGAAAACAAAAGGAAAGAUCUCUCGAAUGUUAGCUGCAAAAACCGCACUUGCUGUGAGAUACGAUGCUCUUGGUGAAGAUGUAACCACUGAGAUGGGUAUUGAAAACAGAGCAAAACUAGAAGCGAGAAUCAGAUUUUUCGAAGAGGGAGGGAUGACUCGCAUUAGUGGCACUGGUAAAAGUGCGGGAAAGCAAGCCAAGUACGAAAUGAAAAGUGAAAACAACCAAUCAUACAACGCUGAUAAUGACACCACGAUCGGAAAGAAACGGAAGAAGAAAGAAGAAGAUGACGACGAAGAAGAAGAAGUUGUGAAGAAAGUAAAAACAGAAGAUAACGAAGAAGAAACUCCCAAGAAAAAGAAAAAGAAGAAGGAUAAAAAAAGAAAAGAAGAAGAUGAAGAAGAAGAACAAAUUGUUGAAGAGGUUUCCAGCGAAAAGAAAAAGAAGAAGAAGAAGAAAAAGAAAGCAGAUGAAGAUGACGAAUAAAAUCUGUUUGUGUUUUUAUUGCGAUUUUUUAUGAAAAGGGUUUUUAUGUACUAAUAAUGCAGAUUUUUUUACUUAAUACGAUUGAUUGGA